AUGGAUACAAACGAUUCGACUACACAAAAUAAUCAUCUAUUAUUUCCAAAUGAACAACAACAACAACAACAACAACAACAAGAAGAGCAAACGAAAAAAUGUCGUGGUAAUCGAAGAAAUCAACGAUUUAGAAGAAAAUGUCGGGCCCAUAAAAUGCAACCAAAACAAAUAGAAAAAUUACUUAAGAAAAGAAAUCCUAUUCAGAAGAAAAUUCAAAAAGAUCAGUCUAAAAGAUCUACGACAAAUAGUAAUAUAGAAUUAACAAGUCGAAAAACUAAUCAAUCACAACCAAUCACAGCAACAACAACUACAACAAAUGUUUUUAAACGUAAACGAGAUAUAUCAUCGCAACAAUUGUCAAAAACUACAAGUUCAAUAUCCAUCGUGCAACCAUCAUCGAAAAAGAUGACUACUGAUAUCAAUGUGAAUUCAAAUUAUCGAUGUCCUAUGUAUUUGACACGAUCAUCAUCGAUACUUUGCCAAAUAUUAAAUAAAACAUUAAAUUAUACAUUAAAGAACAAAGAUGAAAAAAAAUCUCUUCAUAUACAACUUGAAUUAUUAGAUCAACAAUAUUGUUUAGAAAAAGAUCAAGAAUUAUGGCAAUCAUAUUUAGAUAUUGGUCUACAACAAUGUCUAUGGCCAGUAAAGAACAUCAAAAAACAAUUGAAUAAAUGCCAAUUUGAAUUGUUAAAAUAUUCUCAAACAUGUCCAAUCACAGAAUUAUCAUUUCAUAUAAUUGAACAACGUCUAAAAGAAUUAGUGGCUCGUGAACGAAAAUAUUUAUCACAAAGAAACAAUGACGAAUUGAUUAAGUUUAAAGAUGAUAUUCAUCAAGCAGAAUUAUUUAAAAAAAUAUCCACCAAUUUACCUAAAACUGAUGGACAAGAAGAUUAUAUAGAUCAAUUAAUGACAAUACGAGAAAAACAAGCAGAAAUUUGGAAAGAACAAUUAAUGUUAGAGAUACGUAUUCAUUGUAAGUUCUUACCACAAAAUCUCGAUCAUUUACAAAAUUUCAUGACACCUAUUAGUUACUUACCAUUGAAUAAUGAUCAAAAAAGUAUCGAAGUAAAAAAUAAACAUUAUAAAAUCACACAAGAAGGAAAACGUACAUGGCUAAAUUAUCUUUUAAAUACUUAUGAUAUUAAAAUAACAGAAUACGAACUACAAUAUCAAAAUGCAUAUAUAAAAUUAGAAUCAUAUGUAUCAAAGAAUAUGACUACUACUAGUACAUCUGUUCUCAAUCAAAUUCAAGAAUAUAUCAAUUGUCGAAUAUCAAAAUUAAAAAAUGAUAUCUAUAAUAAAAUGUCGUCUUUUCGAAAAAUAAUCCUACAAAAUCGUCAACGUUCAUCAUCAACAAAAGAUACUAUUGGUGUAUGGCCUGAACCCUAUCUUGAUCUAAUUUCGAAUCCAUUUGAUACACGUCAAUGGAAUUAUCUUUCAUUAGGUCCAUCUUAUAUAAGAUUAAAUCAAAGUGCUAUUCGUCCUCAAGUUCAACAACAAGCUGCAAUUAAAGAUGAACAUGAAGAUAUUUGUAAAAAGGUUAAAAAUAAUCUUAUCAACAAACCUCAUUGUAUACCACGAUCAAACCCAUUGUUUACAGAAUAUUCAAAUCAUCUUUUAAAUUAUCUUAAUCAAUGUUAUUCUUCUCCAUUACCAUAUAAAGUUCAAUUGCAAACUCUUGAACAAGCACAAAUUCUUGGAUCAAUUCGAAAAAUAAUUAAAAAUAUGGAUCUUAUCGUUCGUGUGACUGAUA